UUUUUUACAAUUCAUCUUUGGUUUGAGAGUCAACAUGGGAUUUUCUGUUUUCUGGGGUUUGUUUCUUGGACUUUUAUGUUUCUUCAACAUGGGAGGAGGAGUUUGGUGUGACUGCAAUGUGAGAAAUCUAGAAAUUGAGGGAGGUAAUUACACACUGACCAAGCAGCUGCAGAGUGGCAGCACGGUUGUUUACCACUGUCCUGAGGGUUACUACCCAUACCCUGCAAUACGCCGCUGCCAGCUUAACAACAGGUGGAACCCAUCACCCAGCAGAUGGUCCCCUGCGAGAUGCAAGAUGGUUGAGUGUCCAGAUCCAAAUACCCUGGAGAAUGGGAACAUUUUACCUCCUCAGGUGCAGUACUUUGUAAACAAUGAGACCACAGUUGAGUGCUACUCAGGAUUCAAACUGUAUGGCUCACCCCAACGCUACUGCCUACCAAAUGGAAAGUGGAGUGGCCGUACUCCUAUCUGUCGUCGUGACUCGGGGAGUCAUUGUCCUGAUCCUGGUGUCCCACCUGGUGCAUCAAGGACAGGGAACCACUUUGGUAUUAGCGAUAAAGUGACAUACAUCUGCAACAACAACCUGAUUUUGGUGGGCUCAACUGAACGUGUGUGUCAAGAGAACGGCCAGUGGACUGGCAUCGAGCCGGCGUGUUACUACAGACACACAUACGACACGCCACAGGAGAUUUCAGAGGAGUUUGGCAGUGCGAUCAGAAGCAGCCUCACCACGUUGGAGUCCCAUGAUGACACACAGGAGGGGAGAAGAAUCCGAAUUCCUAAAAGUGGUAUACUUAACAUCUACAUCGGGAUGGAUAUUUCUGAGAGCAUUAAUGAAACUUAUAUCGAUAAUUCCAAAAAAGCCAUCAUGAAACUUAUUGACAAGAUUUCAGCUUUCUCUGUGACUCCAAACUACCAAAUUGACUUCUUCGCCUCUCAGAUUUAUAAAAUUGUGGACAUAAUUGAUUUUUCUAGUGGUAAUGUAGAUCUACCCUCUGUCAUGAGAAACCUGCGAGACUUUAGAGUUACAACGAGAGACACUUCUGGAACAGAUCUGAGCUUAGUCUUCAAGAAGUUUUAUCAUCAAAUGUCUCUUCUAAAGACAAGAGUGGGAGAAGAAGUUUUUAAGGAACAUCGGCAUGUCAUCAUUGUUUUUACAGACGGUGGUUUUAACAUGGGUGGUUCACCAGAACCCACUGUGAUAAAAAUAAAGAACAUGGUCUACAUGAACCAUACGGAUGAUGGAAAAAUUAAUCCGAGAGAUGAAUACCUGGAUAUUUAUAUUUUUGCCGUUGGAUCUGAGAUUUAUGAUAACAACCUGAUGCAUCUCACCACAGUUCGGCCCAAUGAGAAACAUUACUUCAGAUUGGACAAAAUUAGCAAAGAAUUAGAACAGACAUUUGAUGACAUAAUUGAUGAAAGAGAAGUUGUUGGUUUAUGUGGUCUUCACAGGGACUAUACACCUAGUGUUAAUAAUUACAAUCGUAACCCACUUGGUGACGUCGAUAGUAGGAAAAUGUUUCCAUGGGUGGUGUCCAUCAUUGUUACGGUGGAAACUGGAGUAACUAAAAAAUGCCUUGGCUCUCUGGUGACCCCCCAGUUUAUCUUGACAGCUGCUCACUGCUUCACAACCAGUGAUAUAAUCACAAAAAUUGAAGUUGAGGUGGAAGAAUAUAACAAAAUCAGAGUGAAAGAAGUAAAAAGACGUAUUAUACACCCAAACUACAAUAUUAAUGCUAAAAAGCAUAUGAACAUAGGAGAGUUUUAUGACUAUGAUGUGGCUCUCCUUCAGCUUCAGAAACCUGUUGACAUCACCAUCUCUCUGAGACCUAUCUGCAUACCAUGCACCCAGGAGACCAGUGAUGCUUUAAAACUGGUCGGUAAAAAAACCUGCACACAGCAUGAGGAGAUCCUGCUAAAGAACGGAGACCAACUGAAUUUCCUGACAAAGACGAAUGAUUUCUAUGGUAAAAAAAGUGCCAUUGUGAAGCUCGGCAGCAAUAGAGAAGCCUGCAUCAAAGAAGCUCUAAAGGCUCCAGGAAUCAACACAACUAAUGCAGAAGAGGUGGUGACUGGUAAUUUCCUGUGUACUGGUGGUCGUUUUCCACAAAGAGAUCAUAUAGCGUGUCAGGGGGACUCCGGAGGUGCUGUGUAUAAGAACUAUGAGCGCCGUUCAAUACAGGUUGCUUUGGUCAGCUGGGGAACCAAGGAUCUGUGCAAAACACGUGGUAGCUUCGCUGAGUCGGAUGAAACGUCCCGAGAUUUUCACAUUAAUCUCUUCAGAGUCAUACCUUUUCUGAAGUCUCACCUUGGAAAUGACACCCAGGAUGAAUACGAAGUGCUUACAUUUUUAGACAUGUAAAUGCAUCGGUGCUGAUGUGGUUUUGUAUGAUUUACAUUUACGUGCACCUUAAUGAUUUUGGAGGAAACUGGUAUAGAAAUGGUUAAUACACUGUGGAUGGCUGUUUGGCAGUAAACUGUGAAAUUACAUAAAUGUCUGUGUUGUAACAUAAUGUUUUGCAUAAUUUUAACAUUUCUUGCUGCUAGACUACUCUGUGCAAAGUUGAACAAUAUUGAUUUCUUUUUUUGGAUCAACUACAAAUUGACUUUUAUGUAGAUUUUUUUUAUAGUCCACACAAUUCUUCAUUAUUUUUCAUGACUUUUUUCCCUCUGCUUGGAUUUAUAACUGUUUGCUUGCAGCUUUUAUUAAUUUGAUGUGUUUAUAAUAAAGUUUACUAAACUUUAUUACAUUGCAUUUACUUAAAUUACAGCAGUGAUGGUUAACCCAUAAAGACCCAAUACUACUUUUUUGUCAGUUCCCAAAGAAUUUUUCUCUAUAUUUAACCUUUCUGAAGUGAUUUA